GGGGUUGAGUCGAGUGUACCUAUGAGGCUAUGAGGGUCGGGGUGAAUUGGGUCGAGGGGUUCAUGAAUAAUUGAAUAGGGUCUGUUUCAGGGAGCACUAGCCACUAGCACAUACCGUCAUCCCCAUCUCCUCAAGACCUUAACCCAACCCGGAGUGGUGGCAGCGGGGGAUUUGAUACCAGGUGUCACACCUGCUACAAGCCUACAACGAAUUAAGAGAUCCUAAUACUGAGCCACCAUCAGUCUUCAACUGUCGGUGUGACAGUGGGUUAGACGUUCGAAGGUUCAUUCUCAGACUGACAGACUCUCCGAAGAUUCAUUCGCUGAAACACCGCCGGCGACCAGCUUCAACGUCGCCAAAACAAACUUCUCACCGCCGACCACCUUCAAUAUUGCCGUGUUUCUUCCUCUUCCAGUUGUCAAAGCCGAAUCUUAUUUCYCAUCCAUCCAUCUGCAUCCAUUCUGGAACAUCACGGGAAGAAAGGUCAUCUCAGGCAACCCACGCAAGGGAUUUUCAGGCUUAGAUGGACAGAGAACUUCUGAUUGCAGUGGUUGGUGCUGCAACCACUGCAACUGCAUUGACAUUGACCAUUCUACAAGAAUGGAUGGGCUACGUGGUAGGAAGCCAUCUGUCAAUCGGGACUUAGACAAGAUUUGUUGGAUCGACUAUAUAGGGGAAGACCAAUUGAUUGUUAUAAUCAGUUGAGAAUGGGGAAGGAAGCAUUCUAUAGGCUUUGCAAAAUUCUCCAAGAAACUGGCCGAUUGAAUGACACGUUACGAAGUACUGUGGAGGAACAAGUUGCUAGAUUCUUACACAUAUUAGCACACAAUGUUAGGAAUAGAACGAUGGAAUUCCAUUUCAGUAGGUCUGGAGAGACUGUGAGUCAUCACUUUAACUUGGUACUAGAUGCAGUUUUAAGUCUGGAAGAUAGGUAUUUAAUCCAACCAAAUGGUGCAGGAGUACCUCUUGAGAUUAGAAACCAAGCUGACUUUUGGCCACACUUUAAGUUCCGGUUGUGGUUUUAAAGCAGCAUACAGUGGGGGACGAAGACUAUUGAACUAAUACCUUAGCUCUCUUGUGCCAAGAAUGGUCGAGGUAUUAUAUGCACUCAGGGUUGAUUGUUUGGGUCUGAAGGUUGAUAUUGUGGACAGGAGCCCGAUAAGGAUUUGAUGAAGGCUGCUUCCACAUCCAGUGGCCUUGGAGCAGCCUUUUCCUAUUGUGUACAGCAAGUUCGAAGCUAUGAUUAUCACCACUAUUUCUGCCUCCUCCAUCUUCCCCCUGACAUGCGAAAGGCUGCAUUUGCUCUCCGUGCUUUCAAUGUUGAAACAGCCAAAGCCAUGGAUGUUGCUUCUGAUCCUAGGGUUGGCCUCAUGCGUCUCCUCUGGUGGCAAGAAGCCAUAGACAAGAUCUUUGCCGACAAAGUAAUAGAGCAUCCAACUGCUCAGGCCCUCUCUUGUGUGAUUUCUGAGCACAAAAUAACUAAGGGUUGGCUGAAAAGAUCUGUUGAAGCUCGGAUCAAUGAUGCAAGGAGGGAAGAGAUUCCAGACACAAUCGAGGAACUAGAGCGAUACGCUGAGGACACAGUGUCUACCAUUCUCUAUACGACACUUCAAGCUGGUGGGAUCAAUUCUACUGCAGCAGAUCAUGCUGCUUCACAUAUUGGGAAGGCAAGUGGCCUUUUGUUGCUGCUAAGGUCGUUACCUUACCAUGCUAGUCGUAACCGCCCGAUUUGUUAUAUACCAGCCGAUGUAGCAACCAACCAUGGGUUGUUGGUUAAGCAUGGAAGUCGGUCAGAAAUCCGGAUGGACUCUCGUGAGAAGCUCUCAGAUGCAGUCUUUGAGAUGGCAUCAAUAGCCAAUGUCCACCUGCAAAAGGCUCGUGAAUUGGCUCAAACAGUACCUAAAAAGGCUCUUCCAGUUCUUCUGCCAGCCGUGCCUGCACAGAUUUUCUUGGACUCUUUACGCAGGUCAGAGUUUGAUGUGUUUGACCCAAGGUUGGGACGUGGAGUAUUGGGUAUUUCUCCAUUCUGGUUUCAAUUGAAGCUGAAGUGGCAUGCAUGGAGAAGGAAAUAUUGAUUUCUAUAUCUGUUUUUUUUUUCCUUCUGGACCUCUGAAGGACCUCUGAGUCAUCACAUUAUGAUAGAUUUUGUACUAGCAAAAUAGUGAACCCAAAAUGAUUCCAUUCUUGGUUGUUAAUAAAAUGUCAGAAUUGGGGAAUCAGUAGUUUUUCUUUCUCCAUUUUUCUUUUCGAAACGAGCUUAUUUUCUUCUUGAAACCAUUUCAUUUGGGCUAUAAAUAAGGUAAAAUGCUAUGUAAGACUCAAAUCAAGUGCCACUCUUGCAAUAACAAGAGCUUUGUAA